UAAAGAUUUCGCAACAGAAAUGGUGGUUAUGAGACAGACGCACAGAGAGAAAGAAGGUUAGAGAGGAAUAGAGAAAGAGAGGGAGAGAGAGAGAGAGUCGGGGAUUUCGCUGUAAUCAUGUUCGAAGAGUAUUGAUUCCGUGAGCGCACUCCAAUUGGCAGCAUCUCUACUAUAGAGUACAGCGCCGGCGCGUCAUCCUCGGCUCACAUCGACUGAAGCGAGUUGUAAGCAAAUGAGAACAUGUGUGGCAUCUGAGAGAAAGUGAGAGGAAGGAGCAAGAAGGAGGAGUGAGAAAAGCCAAUUUUCUCAUCCCUGACAACUGGAUACAGUUGGGGUGCUGUUCAGGCUGAAUGGACUUGAAUAUGUCGCUGCCAGCGUAAUCCGUGCAGACUGGAAGAUUUAAUAAUUCACGAGGAUUUAUCGACGGCUGCCUUUGCUCCCUUAUCUGAAAUAUCAUCUGUUGCUGCAACUGGAAUGAAAAGCCCCCAUGACUGGCUGAGGAAGGCUGGAGACUUAGUGUAAUAGGAUGAAAAGGAUUGAAUAAGACAGAUUGUUUUCAACAUUAUUGCGCUGUAGUUAAAAUGGACAAGAAAUUGCUGUUAUUUUUAUUACUCCUCUUAUCUCUACAAACAAGGUUGUGAUUUUUUUUUUUUUUGGGAUUGAUGAUGAUGGUGCUACUCCAGUGAAAUCCCUCUGAUUGAAUCUGACUGAGCUUAAUAGCUGUAUUACAAGCAGAUUCCAACGUGAAGUGUCGCUAAAGACAGUUUUGUCCCAUCCUUUUGUUUUUUAUUUGAAUAUAUUUCCCAUUAAAGGGAUAAAUGUUGAUGAUGGAGGACGACGAAUUGGACGCUCAUCAGGUUGAUCCGGAUUUCGAGCCGCAGAGCCGGCCUCGCUCGUGCACCUGGCCCCUGCAAUGCCCCGAGGAUUUCCCCGGCGGACCAGAGGUGAGCGGGGGUCUCCCGCUGGCCGGCAUCAAGGUGGAGCCGGAGGACGUCCCGGCGUGCAGAGCCGGGCUCGUUGGAGGCAAUCCGGCGGAGCUGCAGCACCCGACCGGCGCCCCGGCACCGACUGGCGCGACUCACCCGUGCCUGGCCGGCGCGGCGCUCGACGUGACCGGGUCUCUGCGCAAAGCCAAGUCGUCUCGUCGGAACGCGUGGGGGAACCAGUCCUACGCGGAUCUCAUUACCCGCGCCAUUGAGAGCACCCCGGAGAAGAGACUCACUCUGUCACAGAUCUACGACUGGAUGGUCCGUUAUGUUCCCUAUUUCAAGGAUAAAGGCGACAGCAACAGCUCAGCUGGCUGGAAGAACUCCAUUCGACACAACCUUUCUCUCCACACUCGAUUUAUCCGGGUCCAAAAUGAAGGGACAGGGAAGAGUUCCUGGUGGAUGCUAAACCCAGAUGGGGGAAAGAUGGGCAAAGCCCCAAGAAGACGAGCAGUUUCCAUGGACAAUAGCACUAAAUACCUUAAAAGUAAAGGCAGGAUCAGGGGCAAGAGGGUAGGUCGUCCUGGAAUUGGAGGAGGAUCUGCUGUAAGGGGGCUUCAAAGCUCCCCUGACCAUGGCAGUCCCUCACGUAAAACCCUACCAGGACCCGGCAAUGCAUCUGGAACAGAUGGAGAGUUUGACGCUUGGACUGAUCUUCAUUCUAGGGCUAGUUCAUCAGCUUCCACCUUAAGUGGGCGUCUCUCACCUAUCCUUGCAGAGGGAGAACCAGAGGAACCAGAGGAAGGUGGCCUCUCUUGUUCUGCCUCCCCUCACCUUUAUCCGUCCCCGACCAGUGCUCGCUCCCCAUCUAUGGGAGCGGGAAAUCAUUGUCCUCCACUUGAGCAGCUGCCUCAACUGGCUAACUUAGCCGGUGCCAUAAGUUUGGAUGAGCAGAUGAUGGAGGAUGGCUAUCAACAUCAUUGUCCACAGCAACAUCAACAACAUCCUCCUGUUGGAAGGAAUAAGCACCAGACUCCUGUGUAUCACUACAACUCUGGAAUGAAGGGACAGGUCUCCUAUGGAGGAGGAGUUUACAAUACAUCAGGGAUGGGUAUACUCCGUCAUCACUCACCAUUGCAGACCAUUCAGGAAAACAAGGCUACCACUUUUUCUGGAACCAUGCGGGCAUACUCAAGUACAAACGCACUGCAAAGUCUACUGACAGGAGGUUCUGCUGUGCAGCAGUACUUUUCUAAAGACCUUAUGUUGGGGCAGGAGAGGGAAGGCCAUCCUAUGAUGGGUCAGACGAGUAAUGGAGUAGGAUCCAACCACCACAGCCACCAUCCUGUGCACAAUAGUGGAAUUCAUAACCAUAACAGAACUCACAAUCACACUCCUGGUCACAAUCACAAUAGUGUAAGCAACCACAAUCAACCUCACAGCCUUGCUCACAAUGGUCACAGUCUCAGCCGGAGCCAUACCAACACACCACCCCGAGCAGCAGCCCUGACCACAUGUGGAAACAGUAACCAGUUACAGACUUACAAUCACAAAGCUCCCUACCUGUACAGCCCACCAUCCCAUGCUCAUCUUCCUGCUUCUACAACCCUCCCCCCAAACCCAGCAGGUAUGCUUGGCAUGCCUCAAGACUCCUGUCAUGUGGCUUCCACCCCACACCCCCGUCAUAAUCAUUACCCAGACUCACAACACCAAGGCUUGAACAAUGGACCCUACCACCAUGGCCAGGGGAUGGGUAAUGGCAGUGUUGGUAGUACCUACCAUAGCUAUCACCAACCCUAUCCCCAUGAUAGAUUACCAGCUGAUUUAGACAUUGAUAUGUUCCAUGGUAGCUUGGACUGUGAUGUGGAGUCCAUCCUUCUACAUGACAUUAUGGACUCAGGGGAGGAAAUGGAUUUUAACUUUGACUGCUCCCUCGCCCAGGGGGUUGGAAUUGGCAUGGGAAUGGGAAUGGGUGUGACUAUGGGCAUGGGAAUGAGUGGUCUGGCUGGUCCACAGCAGGCCCACAGCAACCAGAGCUGGGUCCCUGGCUGAAUUCCAGAACAACAUCUCCAGGACUGCAACCCAACUUAUGAAGCACUGUGCUCAAUUAUGACAUUCCUGACUCUGAACAAAGCCUACAGGACCAAGCCCCCCCAUGUCUUAUUUGUUGUCUUGACAAUUGCUCUAUCACCCCUGCUCUUUUUAUCCCCUUCUUACUGAGAGAUCUAGUUCAUGUCAGAUUAAUUUUUUUCUUGAAUCAGUUGUACUGUGAUGACAAUCUCUCAGCUGUGCUUGGCCGGCAUCGCUUCUCAUUUACCAUGAGAACUGAACUCUGAAUGCACUUUAUCGCAAGUGGGUCACAUCUCACGGUGCAGUGCCUUCACAGAGCAGCUCAGGCAGAGCUUGACUUGUUUUCUGAGGUGGUUGCAGCAUUUGACAGGAACAAACAAGAAACACAACUAAUAAAAGCGUCAGAGGUAGGAACCAAUAACUAAAUUUUUUCAGUUGUGGCAGAGACCAAUCGAAAACACCUUUAGGCAUGUUGAUUUGACGUUGGUUGCCCUGAUUCUGUUUUAGGUUUGAACAUGCUCACCCCUAAAAUAUUGUUUUUCUUUUACUAAAUUUAAAUGAUUAUUUCAACCAAAAAUACUUUUUUGGAAUAUUUGUAAUAUAGUUAGGCUAUAUUUUGAAUUAGUUUUCAGUUAAAUCAUUCAAAAUAAAUGUGUAAUACAUUUGCAUAUUCUUAGCUUCCAUCUGACUAUUUUGCUGCAGCCAUAUUAUUUUAACUUCCCACAGAUUCUUGGGGGUUACAUUUUCUCAAAUGUAACAUGUAAAGACCUCAUUAUCAUCUGUUACAAAAGACCGUCCUAAUGUCAUUACAUGCAUGCCAUCGUUAGUGGCAAGCAUGCAAUUUGGCAAAUUAAAAAUCUCAUAUCACCUUGCUUCACCUGGGUUUUUUGCUCCAGCAUGCCCCCGCCCCUGUCUGGUGGUGCAGACUAAGUGACCAUUUCUCACAUCAAGCCAUUAAUGUGGCUUGAUUGAAACUCAGCAUCUUGCUUUUAAUCUCCAAAGUGAUGCAGAGGCAAUGUGUCAUUAUUGAGAAUUUAACAUGUUGUCCUUCCUUGCUAACCCCUGGCUGUCUUUUAGCAUAAUGCACCAGGAGCUUUGAGACAAAACAGUGAUUAACUUUAUGUCACUCUGCCUGCUGUCCUGCUCUGAGAAGAGCCAAUGUCACUGUCCGCUUUCCCACUCAAAGAGGGUACAUAAUAGAGAGGAAAAAGCCUCUUGUUGCAGUGGGAUCAGUCAGUCUCAGAUUUUAUGCUCUUUAGAUCAAUGUGUGUGCUAAAGAGUAGUGUACUCACGUCAUAAAUCAUCCCCAUAAUUUGUGCUUUGCUCCUAUGUUUACAAAUCUAAUAACCUGAUAUUCAAGUUCAGGUGCAAAGGGAUUUUUUUAACGGGAUAGGUGAGAAUUUUUUUAAGUGAGGUUCUGUUAAAAUGGUGAAUUACUAUUAUACAUUCAGAAUGUUGCUUUGUUUGCAUUUUAAUUUUGAAUAAAUCAAGUUUUGAUUCCAAAGGCUAAAUUUUAAGCCCAAAGGGGACUUUUGAUUUAAAAAGCACUUCUUUCUCAAAAAUGCCAUACUGGUUUAUGCACAAGCUGUUUUAUGAGCCUUUAAACAGUCGUCAAAUUGGGAUAGGUCAAUUAUUUAUACAAUUGCUGAUGGUGUUUUUAAGGUAAAUGAUAGUGGGAAGCAGUAUGCCAUCAAUGAUCUUCUGUGUAAAACAAAAGGAAUGGAAUUGUGAAAUUUUUGUUUUUGUCAUAUUAGCUAAUCUAAUAGGCUUGGUAAAAAAAAAAAAAAUUAUUUUUGCUUUUUACACCUUUCUUAAUUUUAAUAUAUUAUUGAUAUCAGAUCUUUCUGAAUAGGUUACACUGGAUAAGGGUCCAGCUGAUGGCCCAAAGGUCGAUAAAAGUAGACGAUAGUGUCACCUUCCCAGAUCAGUUAAUCAGAAUUAUUACUAAUCAAAGACCCAGUAAAUGUUGUGCUGGCAAGACAGGAACUGAAUACAGAAGUAUAACAGAACCACACUUCUAAAAUCUUGAACCACCUUAAAAAAAAAAGCAGGUAAUCGGAAUACUUAAACCA